AUGGACCCCAUUCCCGCUCCCGGAGCUGUCCCUGCCGUUGCUGGCAUCGACAAAGUUGAGACAGAACCCAAAGUUGCGGACACACCUGCUGUCCCGGCUGUAGAAAAGCCCGUCGAAAAGCCAGUUGAAGAGAAGCCAGUCGAGGAGAAGCCCGUCGACGAAAAGCCGGUAGCCGAGAAGCCCGUCGAGGAAAAGAAGGACGAUCCUGCGCCUCCUGCAGAGACGGCAGCCGUUCCAGUUCCGAAGCCGGCUACUGAGCCAGUCGCAGAGCCAGCCAAGCUGGAGGAGCCUCCCGCCCUCGCUCCCCCGGCUGAUGCGCCUGUCGAAAAUGCGUCUACUACUCAUGCGCCGAAGCCAGCUUCUGUCGAGGAGGUCCCCGACAAGGACGGGCCCAUUGCGACAACUGGAGUCGAGGAGCCAAAGGCUGUGCCUUCGGAACAACCAGCUGCCACAGCCGCCCCGGUCACGACAAAUGCGCCCACUACCGACACUGUAAAGGAGUCGGUCGAAGAGCCAAUUGCGCAGAAGCCUGUCAAGGAACCCGUUGUCGAGGAAGAGCCAGUGAAGGAGCCGGUCAUUGAGAAGCCCGAUGCUGUUAACGGCGCUCCUACCAAGGAUGUCGAGAUGACUGGUGCCCUUAACGAGGCUGAACCUUCCGGCGCUGGGGAGCGGGAGGCGGCGCCGCAAGCCAUCCCGCCGGAAGCCAAGACAGGCAACAAGCGCAAGGCCGAUGACCUCGACGCGGCGAACGGCACGAAUGGCACCGCUGAGGAGAAGGCCGAGCCCGAGGAGAAGCCUAUCGAGAAGAAGAUCAAGACCGGGAAACCCGGCCGCCCUCCUACCAACGGUGCGAAGAAAGACGCACCGAAGAAGGAAAAGGAGUCUCUGGGCCAUAAGGUCGCUAGAAACGUCAAAAAGGUUCUGCCGCCCGUUGGGAAGACCGCCCGUAAGACCCGAUCACAGGGCCCUGCCUAA